UCACUCAGUCGCUGUAAUCAUCCACGUUACUCGCUCCUCCCUGCAUGAAAAACGGAUUGCAGUUAAUUCUUGAUGCUGUUCCCGUCCUCGUGAAACGAAGCUGUCACGAAGCCAACCUAGAUUCAAUCUGACGAAAAUAAAACGUUUUUGAAAGACAAUUGAGGAGAAAUGAGGAAGGAAGCGGUGAUGUUGGCGACAGUGACAACAGUGGCAGUCGUAGCUGUAUUGGUGAGGCAAAACUCAAGAAAAAAACAAAGACGAUGGAAGCAAACACAGCGCAUUUUGCGUAAAUUUGCAAGGGAAUCUGCCACUCCUGUACCCAAACUUUGGGAAGUGGCUAAUGCAUUGGUUUCUGACAUGCAAGCAUCUCUUGUUUCACAGGAGGAAACUAGUACCCUCAACAUGCUUGUUUCCUAUGCUGCCUCGCUACCUAAAGGGGAUGAGAAGGGGCUGUAUUAUGGGUUGAAUUUGCGAGGAACCAAUUUUUUAAUUUUGUGUGCUCGACUUGGAGGGAGAAAUGAGCCUAUUUCUGAUUUAUAUAGGAAGGAAAUUUCCAUACCCCCCAAUGUGUUGUCUGGUACCUCUCAGGAGUUAUUCGACUACAUUGCUGUGGAGCUAGCAAAGUUCUUCGUUUCAGAACAUCCCCCAGAUGAUACUCUUGAUGCACCAGAAAGGGAAAAGAAACUGGGCUUCACUGUGUCCUAUCCGGUGGAUCAAGCUGCAGCUAUUUCCGGCUCUGCUAUUAAAUGGAAGAGCUUCUCAGCUAAUGACACAGUUGGGAAAGCAUUGGUCAAUGAUAUCAAUCAAGCUUUGGAGAAACAUGGUCUCAAUUUCCGUGUUUUUUCACUGGUUGAUGAUACCGUAGGAAAUUUGGCUGGAGGUAGAUGCUAUAACAACGGCAUUGUGGCUUCAGUUACUCUAGCCAUGGGUUCAAAUGCUGCUUAUGUUGAACCAAAUGAAGCAGUUCCUAAAUGGCAAGGGCCAAUGCCAUCAUCCAAUGUGGGCGAGUUGGUUAUCAACACGGAAUGGGGAAACUUCAAUUGCUCAAACCUUCCAGUGACUGAAUUUGAUUCUAGUUUAGAUUCAGAAAGCUCAAACCCUGGUUGCAGGAUCUUCGAAAAGCUUACUUCAGCCAUGUACCUGGGAGAAAUUGUUAGAAGAGUCUUGCUGAAGAUGGCCCAGGAAACAGCACUCUUCGGAGACGUCGUCCCUCCAAAACUAGCUACUCCAUACCAGCUAAGGUCACCUGACAUGGCUGCCAUGCAUCAAGAUACAUCAGAGGAUCAUGGUGUGGUUGGUGAGAAGCUGAAGGAAAAUCUUGGGAUCACAAAUUCUUCUCCAAUGGUAAGGGAGGUAGUGGCUGAGGUUUGUGACAUCGUUGCGGAACGCGGUGCCCGUCUUGCUGGAGCUGGCAUUGUGGGAAUCAUAAAAAAGCUUGGCAGGAUUGAAAGCAGAAAAAGUGUAGUAACUGUGGAAGGUGGACUUUAUGAGCAUUAUAGAGUCUUUAGAAACUAUCUCCAUAGCAGUGUCUGGGAGAUGCUGGGCAGUGACCAUUCAGAUAAUGUAGUAAUUGAACAUUCUCAUGGCGGUUCUGGAGCCGGAGCUGUCUUCUUAGCUGCUUGCCAAAACACAAAAUCUUCUUGAUUCCUAGCUCAUACCUGGAUUUACGAAAUUACAAGGUGUUCUGGAUUGUCCUUACGUACUUUCAGUUUUUAUAAUUUCCAAUUAAGUGAACUAUAUAUUUGAAUCCAUCAUUAUUACA